ACGCGCGCAUCACGACCGCAGGCGCGCGGACGAGGACGACUGGCAGUCGAACGCGUCGUACGCAUCGCGAGCCACACGCGAUGAACCCCGAGUACGACGCGAUGACCGAGAACGCCGCGAUGAGGACCGGCGACGGCGCGAGGGGCGCAAUGACCGACGCCACGAACGCGAUGAUCCACGGGACGAUGGGGCGGGCACACGGCCGAAAAUUGUGAUGCCCACGUUUACGGGGACGGAUCCGGACGCAUGGUUGAGCCGGGCUGUGCAAUUUUUUGAGAUUAAUGAUGUGCCAAGGUACGAACGAGUUCAAAUUGCUGCCUAUCACCUUGAUGGGGAAGCAAACGUUUGGUGGCAGUGGAUGAUGCACAAAAACCAUGGCGAGUACAUACGAUGGAGAGAUUUUGAAAAAGAGCUUAUCACGAGGUUUGGCUCGAGUGACUACCACGAUUACAACGAGGCUUUAUCAAGGAUCAAACAAGUGGGUAGUCUGAGAGAUGAUCAAAAAGAGUUCGAGCGAAUCGCUAGUAGGGUACGAGAUUGGCCCGAGGCUGCAUUGGUAGGAACGUUUGUUGGGGGACUAAAGGCUGAGCUGGCAGCCGAGGUAAGAUUGGACUGGCCAGUUUCGAUGCGAGCGGCUAUAGAAUCAGCCAGGCUUCACGAAGACCAUCUUGUGGCGGUGCGCAAGGCGAAACCAAGCGACGUACGCACGGAGACCAAGCGCGCACACGUCGCGAUCGAAGAACAGCCAACGCGAACCGAAAGCAAGCCGAUGGGCGAAAUUGUUCGAACGACGAGCAACAUACGACGCCUUACCGACGAGGAGAUGCAACGACGGCGAGAGAAAGGCCUUUGCUAUUCGUGCAGCGAAAAAUUUACGCCAGGCCACAGGUGCAAGGGUAAGGAGGUCUUUUUGUUGGAAAUUGAGGGAGAAGAAGAACCAAGGGAGGAAUCCUUAUUACACAUGGUUAAGAGUAAGAAGCAUGGUCCGAAGAUGAUUACAUUCACGGCUGAAUUGGGAGGAAAACUAGUAGAGGUGUUGGUCGACAGCGGAUCUACGCUAAACUUCAUUGAUGAGGAGUUGUCCAAGGAAAUCAAGAUUCCGUUUACCAAGGUAAAACCUUUUGGAGUCAAGGUUGUAAACGGGGAAACACUGCGUGGGGAUAUUCUAUUCAAGAGUGUUAAGUUGAAGGCUCAAGGCCAAAGGAUGAGAGUGGACCUCUAUGCAUUGCCAUUGAAGGCGACUGAUAUAGUACUUGGAUGCCAGUGGUUGGAGACACUUGGUCCAAUCACAACUGAUUAUUGGAAAGGAACUAUGGAGUUCGGGGGGUCGAGCAAGAGG